AUGUCUCCAGUUCAGUUCCAAAUUAUGUCAGAUCUCCAUUUGGAGACUCCAAGCGCGAGACCAUCAUAUCAGCACUUCAAAAUUCAACCAGAAUGUAGAUAUUUGGCUCUUCUGGGCGACAUCGGAAAAGUCAUAGAUUAUGAAUUUCUUGCUUUUCUCGAAGACCAACUGAGGGUAUUCGAGAUUGUUUUCUUCGUCCAAGGAAAUCAUGAAGCAUACGGAACGAAAGUGAAGGCAGCCGUUGAAACUAUGCUGGGUUUUCAACGUAGAAUGAACGAAAAUCGCCAGGAGGGAGUGGAAAUGGGCCGUUUUGUAUUUCUAAAUCGAACGAGAUUCGACAUUACGGACAGCUUGACAGUUCUAGGUUGCACCCUUUUCUCUCAUGUCAAUGACAAGCAACGUCAAUCUGUGUCGCUUUUCUGCUCAGAUUUCUCAGAGACAUUGGAGUGGGAUAUUGAUGCUCACAACGCUUCUCAUCUGGAAGAUCUUACCUGGUUAAAUGCUCAAGUGGGAGAGAUAACACGAGAUGAACCUCGCCGAAAGAUUUUGAUCUUCACGCACUUUAGCCCGACGAUGCUCGAGGCCGCCAACGAUCCUAAGAAGCUUAAAGAUUCCAAUCAAGUAAGGUCUGCGUUUGUCACAGAUCUCUCUGACAAGAUAUGUUGGACGAGCUCAAGUGUCAGGCUCUGGGCGUUUGGGCAUACGCACUACAACUGCGAUUUUGAAGAAAGAGGAACCGGGAAAAGAAUUGUAGCAAAUCAGAAGGGUUACAAAAGGAGUGAAGUGGAUACUUUCGAUAUGGCGAAGGUGGUUGAAAUUGAUAAUACUGAAUUGUGA